AUGGGUUCUCUCAUCGGCGCCUACCAUUCCAGUGCUAUCAUUCUGCUGGCUAUGAAGGAAACUCAUUCGAGUCAUAUGGAGACGCAAACAAGCUUCAUGUUUCUGACAAUAGGGGUUGUUCCGAUACUCGUUUCAACAAUAGCUUUUCUACCCAAGUCACGGAUUCCAUGGCCACUUCCUGCAGGCUACGGAAAGCAAGGUGAAGCCUGGAAGGAUUCCUCAGGAUCAAGGAGAACAACAAAUGGACAAGGUCCUAGCAAAUCCAGUUGUAGUUUUGCCACCUUCAGGAUCAUUGCCUGCUCCAGUGUCUACAUAUGGUCUGUCAUAUGGUUCGCGAUUUACAACCUCCGCUCAUUUACAUACGAUGGCAAUGUCAGACUGAUGCUGAUAAGAUAUGGCGUUGCCAAAGAAAACGUUUACACUUACACAGAAUUAUAUGCGCUGCUGCAGCUCACCGCCUUACCAUUUGGACCGUGUAUUGGUGCUAUUUUGGAUUGGCGUAGGAAGUCUACAGCAUCUUAUGAUCCACCGAUCCAACAAAUGCAGAAUAUUCUAUUUGCAUUAGUGUUGACGUUUCUGUUUGCCCUGGCUAACAACAUCCUUCCAACCAUACCAUCACUGUUUUUCCAAGUGUUGGGAUUCGUACUGCAGACUGUCGAGAGAGUAGCUGUUGUUACUUGUCUUUGUGCAUUCGUAUCCCAUGUAAAUUUUCCUAUAGAACAUUUUGGGAAGCUUAUUGGUCUGCACUUCGCUGUAGCAAGCGCCGUUAGUUUUCUUCGGUUUCCAUUCCAGUCCUUCAUUACCAGUUCGCUACAUGGAGAUCCAUUUUAUAUAAACCUUCUACUCCUCGUGCUUCUGUUGGUGUCGUGUGGUCACCCGAUCAACGUGUGGUACCACUGCAGAUUGGGUCUCAUCCGGGACACCAGUAACUCAGAACGAGACCGGACCUCGGCAAACGAGCAACUCGUCUCGGAGGAUCUCGUCAUAGCAGCGGAAGGUACACCUUAG